UUGCGCCCUGGAUAUUGCUCACGAACUGGACCGGAAGGUAACGACCCAACCAGAACCACAAGAUAUACCAUGCUGCGUCUCUUGGCCCCCAGAUUAUCCAGUCUUUGUACAAGGGUUGCUCCCUACUCCUCUGCUGCAUCUCUUCCAAACCCUGUGCUACAGCCAGAAGUCCGCUAUGACAAACUCUUCAUCAAUAAUGAGUGGAGGGAUGCAGUCAGCAAAAAGACUUUCCCAACAGUCAAUCCCUCAACGGGAGAGGUCAUCACUCAUGUGGCUGAAGGAGAUAAGGCAGAUGUAGACUUGGCUGUGAAAGCUGCCCGGGAAGCCUUUCGGCUAGGGUCUCCGUGGCGACAGAUGGAUGCUUCUGAGAGAGGCCGGUUACUCUACCGCCUGGCUGACCUAGUAGAGAGAGAUCGCACCUAUCUGGCCUCACUAGAGACCUUGGACAAUGGCAAGCCUUUCCAAGAAUCCUAUGCUCUGGACCUCGAUGAAGUCAUUAAGGUAUAUCGGUACUUUGCGGGCUGGGCAGACAAAUUCCAUGGGAAGACUAUCCCUAUGGAUGGAGAGCUCUUCUGCUACACAAGGCACGAGCCCAUUGGGGUGUGUGGCCAGAUUAUUCCAUGGAACUUUCCUUUGGUCAUGCAAGGCUGGAAACUUGCCCCAGCCCUUGCUGCUGGCAAUACUGUUGUCAUGAAGGUGGCUGAACAGACCCCACUCUCUGCCUUGUAUCUCGCCUCCUUGAUCAAAGAAGCUGGCUUUCCUCCUGGCGUAGUAAACAUCAUCACGGGCUACGGACCUACUGCAGGGGCUGCUGUGGCCCAACAUAUGGACAUUGAUAAAGUGGCCUUUACUGGCUCCACAGAGGUUGGCCAUCUGAUCCAGAAGGCGGCAGGGGACUCUAAUCUGAAGAGGGUCACCCUGGAGCUGGGUGGGAAAAGCCCCAGCAUCGUCCUGGCGGAUGCAGACAUGAAUCACGCUGUAGAACAAUGCCACGAAGCCCUCUUCUUCAACAUGGGCCAGUGCUGCUGUGCUGGCUCUCGGACCUUUGUGGAAGACUCCAUCUAUGACGAAUUUCUUGAAAGAACUGUAGAAAAAGCCAAGAAGAGGAAAGUUGGGAACCCCUUUGAGCUUGACACCCAGCAAGGGCCCCAGGUAGACAAAGAACAGUUUGAAAAAAUCCUGGGUUACAUCCAAGUAGGCCAGAAAGAAGGUGCCAAAUUGAUGUGUGGGGGAGAACGCUUUGGGGAGAAAGGCUUCUUCAUCAAGCCCACUGUCUUUGGCAAUGUACAAGACAGCAUGCGGAUUGCCAAGGAGGAGAUCUUUGGACCUGUGCAACCCGUGUUCAAAUUCAAAAAGUUAAGUGAGGUUAUUGAGAGGGCCAACGAUACCAAGUAUGGGUUAGCAGCGGCGGUCUUCACCAGGGACCUGGACAAGGCCAUGUAUGUGACCCAAGCCCUGCAAGCUGGAACAGUGUGGGUCAAUACCUAUAAUAUUGUAACAUGUCACACUCCUUUUGGAGGCUUCAAGGAAUCUGGAAAUGGGAGAGAGCUAGGGGAAGAUGGUCUCAGAGAAUAUGUAGAAGUAAAGACUGUAACAAUCAAAAUUCCACAGAAAAAUUCAUGAAAAAUGAACAUCAAAAUCCUCUUGGAUCAGACUCCAUGGGUCCUAUAACAAUCCAAGUUUUACUGAUUCCUUUUUUGUUCCAUGUAAUUAUUUUUAAAAAGAUGGUGAUUCUGAUCCAAAGAUGGCCUUUUGGCAUACUUCAAGAAAGCCCAAAGUUUUAAAGUUGGCAGGCUCUUCCAAUCUUGAUUCUUCUUCACUUUGAUUUGUUGGGUUCAUUGGUUUAAGUUUUUGUUAUCUCGUUUGAUGUUAUUUUCCUAACUUACAAUUUGAACCUCUUUCCCCUUUGCUACUGAUUUGUACUUAAUUUCACAUAUUUUUCUUCUAAAACUCCAA